GCUCGCUGCCCUGCUCGCAGCUGCGUCCUGCCUCACGCCCCCGGGGCCCUCCUGCUUCGCACAGAGAGUGAUGAAGUUUUUUUUCCAGAUCACAUGAGGCAGGAUGGAGGGGGAAAAUCCUGCCAGGAGCAGAGAUGGGCUGCGACUCGAAGCCGGUCGAGGGGAGACACGGAGCGGUGCCCUGAGAGCUAUAUAAGAAUGUGCCGGGGACAAAAGCAAACAGCUUCUCAGGUGAAGGWCUCGCAGGAAUCAGCCAUGGAUGGUGGGGAAGGUGAUGUUCCCAGGAGGCUCGGGGCCACCAACAAAACGUGUUUGUAUUUCAUCAUCGCCAUCCUGAGUGCGUUGCUCGUCUUUGCCUUGGCCACCAUCAUGGUCCUGGUCGUCCAGAGGACGGCAGCUGAUCCUGCCAUGGAGGGCAUCAAAAAACCCAUCAGGACAGAGAAUACCUUUGAAGACUAUUUGAGAAUCCUACAGCGUGUUCCAGCCCAGGGAGCUGCUGCCUACAUGAGAGUGUCCAGCACAGCAAACAGCUCCAGGCUGAGCCUGGUGGAGAAGGGCGUCUGUGAGGCCGCGCAGUGCCGGAGACAGGAGCUGGUGAUCAGCCAACCUGGCCUCUAUCUGAUCUUUUGCCACUUGAACUUUCACUUUCCCAACUGCUCCAAGAGCCCCAUCGACCUCAAGAUCGAGCUGCUGGUGAAYGGCAGGGUGGACAGGCAGACCCUGUCCACGCUGUGCGCGUCGGAAACGUGCCAGGAGAAGACUUUUAAAACCUUGCUGCAGCUCCACCUGACACGCCUGAAAGUGGAGGACCGAAUAUCAGUGACACUGAACCACCCCCAGUUCCUGAAUGAUGUUUCUCUCCCCAAUGAAAACGUUCUGGGGGUGCUGAGGUACAGUGAUGGGAUGUGAGCAGCUCCUUGGCUCCCCGCUGCUGCCCAGACUCUUUCUCUGAACACCAGCAGUCGCUUCUACUAAGCACCACCUCAGUUUGAAUUCCCAUUUGCCUCAUCCCUAGGGACAGCAAGGAACUCUGUGAGUGUCCCAGAAGAAAAAAAAAAAAACGCUGCAAGACCCACAGCUGGCAGGAUCCAUGGGUAGACUCCAUGUGGGAUUGCUGGAUUAUCCAGCGCAUCACCCACAGAACCACCC